AUGCUACUCAUCUACAUUGAACUAGCAGUCUGUCGAGGGGGCCGUCGAGGUGGUGGCAGAGGCGGAGGCAGCUCCAGAGGCAGCAGUGGAAGCCGCAGUAUGUCGCGGUAAGUUUUUCCGACUUACCAUGUAGAAAGAUGUGCAUUACUAGAGUUUACAUUACUUUGCGCCUACUGCUAACUUAGCCGUAACAAGUUCUUUUUUUAGUAGCAGAAGUCACACUUAUCAUUCUGGCUCCAGCUUGUAUGCUGGCAGCGUGCCCAACCAAAGCAGUAAUGCUCGUGGAUUUUGGUGGUUCUCUCGAGCUUCAUCCUCGUCACUGUACGAUGGCUACAACUAGUAAGUUAUUUGAAGCCAACUACCAUGUGUCCAUUUUUAGUCAAUGUCUGAAGGCCUACAUUGACAAAGGUUAUUCCUUUGACGACGUGAAGGAGAUGGGAAAAUGUGUGGAGGACAACCACGCUAACACAAGAAUUGCUGCUGUUCUCUUGCUAAUACUAAUCUCCUGUUUUGUCGGAUGCAUCUAUUGUCUUAGUGAAUGCAAAUCGAGGCUACUAAGCACGUUAAUAGAAAAAGAAGCGAAGCUUUACGAAGAGAAGGAGGAGAAGACUGUAAUGCCCGUGUAG